AAACAUAACCAUCCAAACAAAUUUUUGUGGCCCUCAUAUAUGGACAGAAAGGGAUGAAAAGAGGAAAACCUAGGAAUCCAAGAGAGUGAUGGCUUCUUCAAAUUGUACUUCUCAAGACAUGGCUUCAAUGGCCACCCAAAUCUGCAACCAAAUAGCCUCCAUAUUUUCAAACCCCACUCAUCCAUACCCACCCCCACUCGACCUCUUAGUCACCGAGCUCUCCACAGUCGCCAAACAAAAAAACCGCGUUUUCCUCUACGGAGUCGGCCGUGAGGGCAUAAUGCUCAAAGCCCUCUGCAUGCGUCUCGCCCAUCUGGGCCUCUCUGCCCACUUAGUCUUCGAUAUGACCACUCCACCGAUCACUCCCGGAGAUCUCCUCAUCGCCUCCGCCGGUCCAGGGGGCUUCUCAACCGUCGACGCUUUAUGCUCGGUGGCACGGUCUAACGGCGGAAGGGUGCUGCUUCUGACGGCCCAGCCUGAGACGGGUUCGUGUGUGAAGCAUGCUAGUGUGGUGGCUUACGUGCCUGCGCAGACCAUGGCGAAUGAUAAGGAUGAAGGGGAUGUGAAAGCUAGACCGUUGCUUCCGAUGGGAAGUGUGUAUGAAGGUGCACUGUAUGUACUGUUUGAGAUGGUUGUGUACAAGUUGGGGGAGGUUUUAGGGGAGAGCCCUGAAGCUAUUCGAUCUCGACAUACUAAUCUUGAAUGAAAUUGUAUUCGCUGUUUGAUCUUGAUGUAUAUUACGGUAAUGUGAUCGGUUACUAAUGUGUGUAAAUGAACAUGAUUGUAGAAUGAGAGAAUAAAAUGGAAAAUUUUACAUAUUAUGACUA